CAAGUAGGACCUCUGUCUUGCUGUGACAUUUGUUUUUUAGGAGACAGAAGAAAAGACCUCACAUCACAUCUUUCUCAACCUUUCAGGAAGCAGCACCAGAUAAAAGUGAUUAGAAAUGUCAUUACAGGCAGUUUGGUGACAUCUCUACCCACUAACAUAUGCCAUGUUCUAAUUACUUGAAAUUUAAUACAGAUGUUUUGCAUUAACCAUAUUAAAUACUUUACGACAAUUUUAUGGUUGACAAAAACAUCACUUUUCGCUUGGAUACUUGUUCAGAAAUAGAUCUAAUAGAUGCAAAGAUUUUAUUAGAAGGAUAUGAAAAGGGAUUUUUAUUUUUAACGGUUAUUGGUGUUUAACAUGCGUUGCAUCACGUUGCAACGUAACAUUACGUCCCACGUCAUUUAACGGGCAUAAUUAAAGGACUACUAUGUUUAGGACCCUCGUGACGUAUUUCUAGCUGCGACGAAAACAAAACAUUUCCUAUUAGGUCGUGUUAAGUCUUUUAAUUCACCAUUUCACUGUAGAAUCCGUAAACUAUGGCAUUGGAAACUGUACCUAAGGACUUGAGACACUUGAGAGCAUGUCUCCUUUGUUCGUUGGUGAAGACUAUUGACCAGUUUGAAUACGACGGCUGCGACAACUGUGAGUCCUAUCUCCAGAUGAAGGGGAACCGGGAGAUGGUUUACGAAUGCACGAGUUCCUCGUUUGAUGGCGUUGUAGCCAUGAUGAGUCCAGAAGACAGCUGGGUGGCAAAAUGGCAGAGGAUAGGUAACUUCAAGCCUGGUGUAUAUGCUGUAUCAGUGACUGGCAGAUUACCUCCAGGUGUUGUGCGAGAGUUGAAGAGCAGAGGAGUAAUCUACAAAUCCAGAGAUACGGCAGUAAAGUCUUGAACACAAAUGGGGUUUUUUUUGGUUUAGUUUUUCCUCAUGGUCCACAGCAGAGUAACAUGAUGUCAUCACCAAAUCCAGGAUGACGACACGUUAAUUCAGCUGUGGUUUCUCUUUGUCUUUCUGUAUAUUAUUAUGUGAUCUUUGAUAUUACUUUGAAUACCUGAAAGAAUAAAAGUGUUUUUGUAAAAGUC